GGUCGGGCGGCGCGGGGGAGGCCGAGCCGCUCUCAGUGCCGCACCGUCCGCGGGCCCCUCAGCGCGGCGGAGCCGGCCCCGCCAUGGUGAAGAAGCGGAAAGGCCGGGUCCUCAUCGACUCCGACACCGAGGACAGCGGCAGCGAGGAGAACCUGGACCAGGAGCUCCUGUCAUUGGCCAAACGGAAACGCAGCGAUUCCGAGGAGAAAGAGCCACCUGUUAGCAAACCAACAGCUUCUUCAGACUCUGAAACCUCAGACAGUGAUGAUGAGUGGACUGUUGGAGGUUCUAAAAACAAAAAGAAGGGAAAAGCUGGCAAAGUAGAGAAGAAGGGAGCUAUGAAGAAACAGAUGAACAAAGCUGCCUCCUCAGGGAGCUCAGACAAAGAGAGCUCAGCUGAGAGUUCAGCACCUGAAGAGGGUGAAGUGUCUGAUUCAGAGAGCAACAGCUCCUCCUCCAGCUCAGAUUCAGAUUCAUCAUCUGAAGAUGAGGAGUUCCACGAUGGUUAUGGGGAAGACCUGAUGGGAGAUGAGGAGGACAGAGCUCGGCUGGAACAGAUGACAGAGAAGGAAAGGGAACAGGAGCUAUUUAAUCGGAUAGAGAAGAGGGAAGUGCUGAAGAGAAGAUUUGAAAUUAAGAAGAAACUAAAAACAGCAAAAAAGAAAGAAAAAAAGGAGAAAAAGAAAAAGCAAGAGGAAGAGCAGGAGAAGAAAAAGCUCUCACAGAUCCAGGAAUGCCAGGUGAUGUCACACAACAAAGAACGACGGUCAAAGCGGGAUGAGAAACUGGAUAAGAAAUCUCAGGCCAUGGAGGAACUGAAAGCAGAGAGAGAGAAAAGGAAGAACAGAACAGGUUCCAAAUGCAAGGAGAAGCUUUCAGCAAAAAUAAAGGCUCAAUUAUUUCCUUUUUCAGCUGAGUUGCUUGCAAAAAAACAGCCAUUAAAAACUAGUGAAGUAUACUCAGAUGAUGAAGAGGAAGAAGAGGAUGAUAAGUCUAGUGAGAAGAGUGAUCGCACAUCCAGAUCAUCCUCAUCUGAUGAGGAGGAAGAAAAAGAAGAAAUUCCUCCCAAAUCCCAGCCAGUCUCCUUACCCGAAGAACUGAAUCGGGUACGGUUAUCUCGGCAUAAGCUGGAGCGUUGGUGUCAUAUGCCCUUCUUUGCCAAGACGGUCACCGGCUGCUUUGUGCGUAUUGGCAUUGGGAACCACAACAGUAAACCUGUCUAUCGGGUUGCUGAAAUCACUGGUGUUGUAGAAACUGCGAAGGUUUACCAGCUUGGGGGUACCAGGACAAAUAAAGGACUACAGUUACGGCAUGGCAGUGACCAGCGUGUGUUUCGUCUGGAGUUUGUCUCAAAUCAGGAAUUUACUGAAAGUGAGUUCAUGAAGUGGAAGGAAGCGAUGUUCUCUGCUGGGAUGCAAUUGCCUACACUAGAUGAGAUAAACAAGAAGGAAGUGUCCAUCAAAGAAGCCCUCAACUACAAAUUUAAUGACCAAGACAUUGAGGAGAUUGUGAAAGAGAAAGAGAGGUUCCGAAAAGCCCCUCCCAACUAUGCCAUGAAGAAAACUCAGCUAUUAAAGGAGAAGGCUAUGGCAGAGGACUUGGGGGACCAGGACAAGGCAAAACAGAUUCAAGAUCAGCUUAAUGAACUGGAAGAAAGAGCAGAGGCCCUGGACCGCCAGCGGACAAAAAACAUUUCUGCAAUCAGUUACAUCAACCAGAGGAAUAGAGAAUGGAACAUUGUGGAGUCCGAGAAGGCUCUAGUGGCUGAAAGUCACAAUAUGAAAAACCAGCAAAUGGACCCUUUUACUAGGCGGCAGUGCAAGCCCACAAUAGUUUCCAAUUCCAGGGAUCCUGCUGUCCAAGCUGCCAUCCUCGCCCAACUAAAUGCAAAAUAUGGAUCUGGUGCUUUACCGGACGCUCCAAAGGAUAUGGGCAAGGGUCAGGGGAAGGACAAAGAGGUGAAUUCGAAAUCAGCUAGUGACCUCUCAGAGGACCUGUUCAAAGUGCAUGACUUUGAUGUAAAGAUUGAUCUCCAGGUUCCCAGCUCAGAGUCUAAGACGCUUGCCAUCACCUCCAAAGCUCCACCAGCAAAAGAUGGUGCCCCUCGGCGAUCAUUGAACCUGGAAGACUACAAGAAAAGGCGGGGGCUUAUUUGAGCAUACCCACUCCGCUGCUUCCGAUCCUGCAUGCUCCAUGAUGAUGUCCCAACUUCUCUUCUUCCUCCCUUUUCAGUUUCCCUUCUGGGUUGGAGCAGCAAUGGAGCUGGGAAGAGACUCUUUAAAACUGCCAGUCAUCUGUAACAUAAACCAUUUGACUAUUUACUGUAUAGACCUCCCUUCUUGCCCUUUCACAAAUGUGGAUCUGUGCUAUUUGGGGUUCUCCCACUUCUUUUAGUUUAAUUUUCUUUUUUAACUUGAUGCAGCUCGUUGGUCUACUCUAAGUGUUCAGUAUUAGCCUCAAGUUGGGAUUUCGGUAGGAAUCUCUUUGGUGGUGGCAGCAUCGGCACUUGGUGAUCUCUCCUUACGUACCACCACAGGCAUGGCGAGUAAACAUUGGCACAAGACCUUUGUGGCUUGAAGGUCAUCUGCACUUUCUUCCAUCUCUUCUUCCUCCUCCUAGCUCUGGAGAAGGGAAACUUCAAAAACUGGCUUAGGUUCAAAGUGUAAAUUUUUGGGGGGGAGGGUGUUACGUGACUUUUUUUCAGGUGUUUUUUAUCAUUUUUUUAUGCUGCAGUACUAUUUGUAUCAGUCUGUCACAUUUCUUUACGGCUGUUUUGAAUUUCUACCAGCUGUAUUUGAGCAUCUGAAAUUGAAAGAAAGAAACUCAUUAAAUGUGAUUCUUAAUAAACAGGCCUGGCUUAUAUAGCUGUGUACCUUCACGUUCCCCUUUUUACUCACACAUACUUGUUGAGAGUUCCACAAACAGCUCUUGUAGGAGACUCGUCCUCUGUAGAUUUGUAGUGUAGCCUGAGUCUCUUGCUGUAACUGAAUGAAGUAGAUCCUUCUGGGAUGCCCCUGGGCACUCAUUAGGUAGGCUCCUAUAUUUCUUCUACAAAUCCAACUAAUCAUUCAACGUCCCAUCUUUCUCAUGUCACCUUGUCUUUACUGGGCUUCAACCUGUUUGUGGUUUUUGGUUUUUUUGCUUUGUGAACAAUUCUAAACUUGGCUUUAAAAAAAAUCAGUUCAUAUUGUGUGGAAGGGGAAGGACAAGGUAGAAACUGUACUGAAAAUGUAUGAGGGCAGUUGCUGAUACAUAUUUUCUAUAUAUAACUGGUACAGGUGCAGUAAAACACUAGCACAAGGAUUGUAUGGCUUUAUGGAAUGUUUGACUAGAAACAAGAUGACUGCUUGAUAAUCACUCAGGUGUAAAAAUCCAAGUGUAAAUAUAAGUGGCAUUUAACAAAGAGCUUUUCAAAACAAAUACAACUGAAUAUACUGAACUAAGAACUAAAUUAAAAAAGCAUUAGAGGUCUGACAAUUCAGAGGCCCUGAUUGAGUUAAGUACCAAAGCAUGAGCUUAAGUGCUGAACAAAUAAGGAUGCUCUUCUAAAUUGAGGCUUGAAGGAAUGGAAGAUCCUGACACCUCCUCAUGGAGUGUUGUAGCAUGAUUUUUCUAAGAGCCCAUAUAGUGGUGAUAUCUAAACCUGAGUCUGACUCUUGGUGACUUGCUUGUUGGAUCCUUAAUGAAACUUUAAUCUAGCUCUUAUUUUAAUUUCCUUUUGUUAAUUUUUUAACAGUAGUUUUAAAGAAAUGUCAUGUAAUUGUGUGAAAAUUGAUAUAAUGAACUGUGUAUAAAAAAAUUCCACCUCUGAAGCAGCUCAUAUUUGCUGUGUAAACAAAUUGUGGACUUUUUAAUAGCUUAUUUACUAGAUAGUCCAUAGCUUUGGAACUCCUUUAUGGACUGUUGUGUAAAUAUGUAAUCAUAGACUUUCCCUUGAUUGUCUGUCUGUAGCAACUUCUCUGGAGCUGUUGUGGGCUCUCAUUUACAUAUGUCCUUUUGACAUUUUUUUAAAAAGUGGAUUUAUGGAAUCUGCCAUUAUCGCGUCAUAGACAUCAUGAUCCACUGGAUAGAUAUGCAUUUGGUAUCAUUUUGGUUUCGCAGCAACUACAAUGAUGUUACAUAUAUGUAAUAAAAAAACUUUAUUUGCAGUAGACAGUUUCCCAACUAUCAAAAUUUCUGAAGAUUUACUAAAGAACUGCAAAAUUGUGCAAGGCAAAACUUGAAUUGCCUACAAAAAUUACUAAAAACUAUUGUGGGUUACAAUGACUACAUAGAAACUUUUUACUCCUAAAUUCUUUUUACAUGCUUUUCAUCCCAGAGUAAACGUCUACAACCGAAUUACAAACUAAGAAACAGGCUUUAUAAUAAACAGUGAUGAGACCUUGA